CUCUUAAAGUGUCUAACCAUAGCUUUCUCUCUCUUCCUUUCUUCUUCUUCUUCUCCAUGGGUUUCAAAAUGAGAAUCCCAGACCCAAUAGCACUGCUUCUCUUACUGGUGACCACCAGUGCCAUUUGUGUGAUCCACUGCAACGCGACUGCACCGGAGCUCGGUGAGGCUUCAUUUUCCUCCGAAAGGUUCAAUUUGGAGAGUGGUGGUGAUGGGCUUAGCAGGGCCCAGUUUCCUAAGGGGUUCGUGUUCGGUACGGCGACGUCGGCUUACCAGGUCGAGGGCAUGGCCCAUCAGGACGGUCGUGGGCCCAGCAUUUGGGAUGUCUUCGCCAACACUCCUGGGAUUAUUGCUAAUAAUGGGUCAGCAGAUGUUACUGUAGACCAAUAUCACCAUUAUAAAGAAGAUGUUGAUAUCAUGAAAAAACUAAACUUUGAUGCCUACCGGUUUUCAAUUUCUUGGUCCAGAAUUUUCCCAGAGGGUACUGGAAAAGUAAAUUGGAAAGGAGUUGCCUAUUACAAUAGGUUGAUCAACUAUAUGCUUAAAAGAGGGAUUACUCCAUAUGCAAACCUUUAUCAUUAUGAUCUUCCUGAAGCACUGGAGAAAAAGUAUUUGGGAUUGCUUGGCAACCAAGUUGUAAAAGAUUUUGCUGAUUAUGCAGACUUUUGUUUCAAGACAUUUGGAGACCGAGUAAAGAACUGGAUGACAUUCAACGAGCCUCGAGUUGUGGCUGCGCUUGGGUACGAUAAUGGACUUCAUGCUCCAGGAAGGUGCUCCAAAGCAUAUGGAAACUGCAGAGCUGGGAACUCAGCAACGGAGCCUUACAUCGCUGCUCACAACAUGAUCUUAUCUCAUGCAGCUGCUGUUCAGAGAUACCGCGAAAAGUACCAAAAAACACAAAAGGGAAAGAUUGGGAUCUUGUUGGACUUUGUUUGGUAUGAGCCUCUUACUAGAUCAAAGGCAGAUAACUAUGCAGCACAAAGAGCCCGAGACUUUCAUGUCGGAUGGUUCAUUCAUCCAAUUGUAUAUGGUGAGUAUCCAAGAUCAAUGCAAGGAAUAGUAGGCAAAAGGCUACCCAAGUUCACAAAAGAACAGGUUAAAAUGGUGAAGGGCUCAAUGGAUUUUGUAGGGAUAAACCAAUACACUACAUUCUAUGUAACUAGUUCAAAUAAACCAAAACCAAAGGUCUUGGGGUACCAGAGGGACUGGAAUGUAGAUUUUAUUUAUAAAAAGAAUGGAGUUCCCAUAGGUCCUAGAGCAAAUUCCUACUGGCUCUACCAAGUACCAUGGGGUUUGUACAAAUGUUUAACUUACAUAAAAGAGCAUUAUGGAAACCCAACUGUGAUCCUAUCUGAAAAUGGCAUGGAUGAUCCGGGCAAUGUGACACUAGCUCAAGGUUUACAUGACACAACAAGGAUCAAGUUCUACAAAAACUACCUGAUUCAACUGAAGAAGGCAGUUGAUGAAGGAGCCAAUGUGGUUGGCUACUUUGCAUGGUCAUUGCUUGACAACUUCGAGUGGAGAUUAGGUUACACUUCAAGGUUUGGCAUUGUCUAUGUUGAUUUCCACACCCUCAAGAGGUACCCGAAGAUGUCUGCUUAUUGGUUCCAAAAACUUCUCCAAAGAAACAAGUAGUAGUGCUUUUUGAGUCACCAAGGUUUUAACAAAAGUAUUCAUAUAUCUAUAAUCUCAUGCCUCUUAGUCCUACUCAACAUACUAUCCAAUUGCAAUUAGACUGUCCUCUUCUAUAAUGGUUUCUAGCUACCAUGCCCUUUUAUUUGAGUCUAAGAGACUGGCCAUUUUGUUAAAGAGACUGCUUUUUUUUA